AUGAAUCUAGUGUUCAAUAUUGCUCGAACGUACGAACAUGAAUUUACAAGUAACAAUCUCAUCAAAAGCGACAUGGUAAUCGAUCGAGUGACUAUGAAGGGAGAAUCGCCUGGCACCUGUCUUGUCCUUGAUCGAGUGAACAACAUGCAAGAACGACGACAGUCUCCGUUGGUUGUAUUGAACGAGGAGUUUACGGAGAAUGCACACAUGAACGUCGUGGUACCCAAAAGUCGCAAAUGGUCAUUCUCGUUGACCGAUAAGACCGGUGCAACGAUUGCCCUGCCAAUGCCGAUUACAGUGUGCAUUCACUUCUACACAAUAAAUGAGUCAUAA